AUGUCCGCCAGCUCUGCUUUCAACGACGAGAAGGGGGGGUCGUCCAGCGUCGGGGAGCCUGAGUAUGGUCACGACCCGGCGAGCGGAGGGAUUUUCUCCUCCGACUACAAAAGACACGACGACUUGAAGGAGAUGUUGGACAGCAACAAAGACUCCCUGAAGCUGGAGGCAAUGAAGCGGAUCGUGGCUAUGAUCGCCCGAGGUAAAAACGCGUCAGAUCUCUUCCCCGCUGUGGUGAAAAAUGUGGCCUGUAAAAACAUAGAGGUGAAGAAGCUGGUCUAUGUUUAUUUGGUGCGUUAUGCCGAGGAGCAGCAGGAUCUCGCUCUGCUCUCCAUUUCCACUUUUCAGCGAGGCUUGAAGGAUCCGAACCAGCUGAUCAGAGCCAGCGCCCUGCGAGUCCUCUCCAGCAUCCGUGUCACGAUCAUCGUCCCCAUAAUGAUGCUGGCCAUAAAAGAAGCUGCUUCGGAUAUGUCUCCGUACGUCAGGAAGACAGCUGCUCACGCAAUUCCUAAACUCUACAGUCUGGAUCCAGAACAGAAGGACCAGCUGAUUGAAGUCAUAGAGAAACUCCUCGCUGACAAAACCACGUUGGUGGCAGGAAGUGUCGUCAUGGCCUUUGAGGAGGUGUGUCCGGAGCGUAUCGACCUGAUCCACAAGAAUUACAGGAAGCUGUGUAACCUCCUGAUCGACGUGGAGGAGUGGGGGCAGGUCGUCAUCAUCAACAUGCUGACCCGCUACGCCAGGACCCAGUUCCUCAACCCGAACAUCAAUGAGUCUCUGCUGGAGGAGGGAGGCGGCGGGGAGAAGACCUUCUACGGCUCAGACGAAGACGAGGAUGAAGACGAGGAAGAGAAAGAGAAGAAAGCCGAGGCUGCUGCCCUGGCCAAGAGGAAACCGUACGUGAUGGAUCCAGAUCACCGGCUGCUGCUGAGGAACACGAAGCCGCUGCUGCAGAGCCGCAACGCAGCUGUGGUGAUGGCCGUGGCUCAGCUCUAUUUCCAUCUUGCCCCUAAAGCAGAGGUUGGGGUGAUCGCCAAGGCCCUGGUCCGUCUCCUGAGGAGCCACAGUGAAGUCCAGUACGUUGUUCUUCAGAACGUGGCAACAAUGACGAUCAAGAGAAGGGGAAUGUUUGAGCCGUACUUGAAGAGUUUCUACAUCCGCUCCACAGACCCAACCCAGAUCAAAGUCCUUAAGCUGGAGGUUCUCACCAAUUUGGCCAAUGAGACGAACAUCUCCACCAUUCUCAGGGAGUUUCAGACAUACAUCAAAAGCAUGGAUAAAGACUUUGUGGCUGCUACGAUCCAAGCCAUCGGCCGCUGUGCCACCAACAUCGGAGAGGUGAGGGACACGUGUCUGAACGGCCUGGUGCAGCUGCUGUCCAACAGAGAUGAGUUGGUCGUAGCCGAGUCUGUGGUUGUUAUCAAGAAGUUGCUGCAGAUGCAACCGGAGAAGCACAGCGACAUCAUCAAGCACAUGGCGAAACUCACGGACAACAUCCAGGUGCCGAUGGCACGGGCCAGUAUCUUGUGGCUGAUUGGAGAGUACUGUGAGCAUGUCCCUAAGAUUGCCCCGGAUGUCCUGAGGAAGAUGGCCAAGUCUUUCACUAAUGAAGAGGACAUUGUCAAGCUACAAAUCAUCAAUUUGGCUGCCAAGCUAUAUCUCACCAACUCCAAACAGACUAAACUGUUGACGCAGUACGUUCUCAACCUGGCCAAGUACGACCAGAACUACGACAUCCGUGAUCGGGCGCGCUUCAUUCGCCAGCUCAUCGUGCCCACUGAGAAGAGUGGGGCUCUUAGCAAAUAUGCUAAGAAACUGUUCCUAGCCCUCAAACCUGCACCAGUCCUUGAGUCUCCAUUUAAAGAUCGAGACCACUUCCAGUUGGGUUCAUUGUCCCAUCUGCUGAAUGCCAAGGCUGGGGGCUACCAGGAGUUGCCUGACUGGCCUGAAGCCGCCCCAGACCCCUCCGUGCGCAACGUGGAGGUGCCCGAAUGGACCAAAUGCAGCAGCCGAGAGAAGCGGAAGGAGAAGAAAGUGGAGAAGCCGUUCUACUCGGACUCGGAGGGCGAGUCUGGGCCGACGGAGUCAGCUGAUAGUGAGUCGGACUCGGCCAGCGGCUCGGAGAGUGGCAGCGGCAGCGAAGAGAGCGGGUCGGGAUCGGAGAGCGAGGAGAGUGAGGGCGGCUCUGAGUCUGAGGACGAGGAGGAGGAUGAGGAGGAGAAGGACAAGAAGAAGAAGAAGAAGAAGAAAGAAUUACAGAAGCCAGAGCAAGGGAGUGAAAGCGAGCAGAGCAGUGAAGAGGAGGAGAGGAAGCACGAGAGGAAGAGUAAACAACGUAAGAGCGACUCUGAGUCUGAGUCUGAUGGGGAGGAGGAGAGCGAGUCCGAAAGCAGCCAAUCAGAGUCCGAAGACUCUGAGUCUGAGGCAGAGGUCAAAAAGAAGAAAAAGGCGGCCGAAUCUAAACCUCCCUCCAAACCCGUCAAGACAGAGAGCAAGAAAGAGAAGAAAGAAAUGUCUCUACUUGACCUCGACGACUUUGAACCUGCUCCCUCUCCUCAAGUCACGCCCGUCAACGCCUUCCUGUCCAACAGCCUCGUGACCGACCUGGAGGGCUUGUCUCUGUCUGACAGCGUCCUCUCCCCGGCAACCGUCACUCCCUCCAGUGCGCUGAAGAGCUACGAGCUGCUGCACCGGAUCACGGGGGAGGGUCUGUCGGUGGAGUACUGCUUCAGCCGGCAGCCGUUCAGCCCCGACGCGAACAUGGUGGCGGUGCAGAUGCAGUUCACCAGCAGCGCCACGUCCGACACCAAGAACCUGCACAUGGAGGAAGUGAAGCUGCAGUCUGGGAUGAGAGUCAAAGAGUUCCCCGAGAUUGAGCUGCUGCCGGCGGGUGAGACGGCCACGGCUGUGAUGGGCAUCGAUUUCUGUGACUCAACACAGGCGGCGAACUUCCAGCUGUGCACUCACUCCAGGAAAUUCUUCGUGUCGAUCCAGCCGCCGGUUGGGGAGCUGAUGAGGCCCAUCUUCCUGACAGAGAACGAGUUUAAAAAGGAGCAAGAGAAGCUAUUACAGAAUCUAGGUCAGCUGAUGGGCAUGAAUGAAAUCACAGAGAGGCUGACUCUGGACGCGAAGUGCCGGAACGAGCACGCCAUCGUCCAGCGGGUGACCGCCGCCGCCAGCCUCAGCAGGGUCCCCUGCGGUUCGGACAAAGAGUGCAGGUUCGCCGGCAGGACGGUGACCAGCGGCAGCCUGGUGUUGGUCACCGUGGCCACCAGAGAGGAGGGCGCCGCCCAGCUGACGGUCAACUGCGAGAAGAUGGUGAUCGGCACCAUGCUGGUGAAAGACAUCCUCCUGGCCCUGACGCAGUGA